UGGCAAUCGACGAUGCAACUGAUGUCAAAUUAUCAACAAACAACAAAUAUGGCUGCAGAGUUGGCGUCUUUCAUAAAAUUAGACGUUCUAAGCGUAUUUUAUUUUUCAAUAUCAAACAAUGUGUAGUAAUUGAUGAUUAAUAAUUUAAAAUGGGAUAUACAUUAGUAAACGAUGUCUAUUUUUUAGGCGCUUACAAUAUUUUGUGUCCGUUUUCAACUAAUGGGACGAAUUCCUAGAAGUUCUAAUAUUUUAUAACUCUAUCGUCCGGAUCGCCGCGAAUCUAUGAAACUCAAUUUGGGUCUAUUGUAAAAUAUAAUAUUAUAAGAUGGAUUUCUUACGAGUGUGUCGUAUUUGUUCAAUAAUGGACGUUAAAAUGCACGAUCUUCGUUCGUUUCCUCUAAAUUUUUUCUAUGAGUUCGUAGUCGGAACCAAUCCGAUUGCCUGCAACUUGCCGCCUUAUGCUUGUUAUGAGUGUGCAGCUCUUGUGAUGAAAUUUUAUAAUUUUAGGCAAAAAUGUUUAAGAAAUCAAGAUGUUCUGAAUGGGAUUACAGAUAUUUAUGGGAAGUUAAACCCGGUUGAAGUAAGAGCAAUCAACAGAAAGGAACUCAACAUAACUUCUAAUCUCACCAUAACUCACUUAGAAUGCAUAGAUACAACAUGUGAUGUAUCUACUAAUGAGCUUGUAAAACUGGAACCUGAAGAAGAUGAGGAUAAGGUUAAAGUUGAGGACCAUAAUUAUGCAAGCAUAGAUCAUGUAGAUGAUGUUCUCUCAAGCGAUGAUGAUGAACCAUUGUCUAUACAUAAAGAGAAGAAACUUAAAAAUAAAGAAUCGGAUGAGGAAAUGUUUGAAGAUAACUUUGAUUAUGAUGAAUUUGGAGACACCAUAGAUGAAAGAAAAUCAGUAGAUGAUACAGAAGUAAACAAAGUCAAAACAAGAAAAAAGAAACAUCGAAAAAAUAAUAGAAGUGGAGCUUUCAAACAUGUAAAAAUGCUGUCAAACCCCAGUCUGUCUGCAGAAAAUAUGGAUGAUUUUGAUCAAUAUAUUACUGUUAUAACACUGACGGUAGAAGAGCAGAAAGAAGAAAUAAUGAAAAGAAAAUACUCAUCAAACUACUUGAACUCGCCUUUCCAAUGCAAUCUGUGCUAUAAAGGUUUUAUCGAUAAUAAUGCUUGGAAUCAUCACGUUAGUAAACAUUCUGAGAGUGCUGGCAGCUUAGAGUGCGAAGUCUGCAAAUUUCGAUUCAAAACGAAACGUGCAUAUCAAAAACAUGCAUCUGGUCAUGAAAAGAAAUAUGCGUGCAAAUCGUGUCCUUAUGUUUCUACCAAUACGACACAAGCGAAACAGCAUCAAGGCUGGCAUAAAGGAGUAACAUUUAAGUGCAAAUAUUGUGAUGAAAUCUUUCAGGUAUGGACAUCGUAUAUGAGCCACACUCGUAUAAAGCACCCCUCGGAGUUCAUCUGCGGCGUGUGUGGGUACUCAUUUAUCAGUAAACUGGGGCUCGCCAUGCACAAGACCAUGAUGCAUAAAGAUCUUCAGGAUAAACCAGAAGAGACUACAGAAGACGGUCCGUACUGCGCGGAGUGCGACGUCAAGUUUGUGUCGAGCGUAGCGUACAAGCGGCAUAUGGUCAUGUCCGUCAAACACACGCAGACUACAGACUCUAUUAAAGGUUGUCGAACAUGUGGCGCGACGUUCGAAAACUCGGAGGAGUUGAGGCUCCACCACCGCAAGGAACAUACCAGGAAGCGACCCAAGAACUACGGGAAGAGACCAUCCACCAGCAACUGGCCAGCUAAGUGCGAACACUGUGAGGAAGAGAUCCCCAGCGCCCGCGAGUACUGGACGCACUUUCGUCGCGUGCACCCGGACAAACCUUACCCGGUUGAGAAGAACCACGUCUGUGAUAUUUGUGGGAAGAGUUUUAGGGGCAACGCGUUCCUAGUAUACCACAAGCGCACGCACUCCAGCGAGCGCCUGUACAAGUGCUCGCAGUGCGACAAGUCCUUCUACAACCGCAGCAACCUGCACGUGCAUGAGAAGACCCACUCCGCCGCGCGACCCUACCCCUGCGACCUUUGUACGCGGGCCUUCAAGUCUAAGGGGGCACUUAGCAGGCAUUUCAGGGUAAAUACGUAUAUACUUGUUUUGUAG